AGUUGACUCGACCAUUCAACCUCAAGCACAAUUAAAGAUCAGGUCUUGGUUGUUCGCUUCUCCAUUAAGGCUUCGCCUUUUCACUAUUUGAUUUCAUCAUCAUCAUCAUCAACAAAACAAUUAAAAAAAAAUGCCUUCUCGCUGUGAGAUUUUCUGUGAGAUUUUGAUCGCAAUUUUGCUUCCUCCUUUGGGAGUAUGCCUUCGCCAUGGCUGUUGCACUGUUGAGUUCUGCAUUUGCUUGCUGCUAACGAUUCUUGGAUAUGUUCCUGGUAUAAUCUAUGCUCUGUAUGCCAUUGUGUUUGUGGAUCGUGAUGAGUACUUUGAUGAAUACAGGCGUCCCCUUUACUAUCGCGAGCCAUAGUGCUUCUUUGGGUGUUAGGACUCUUGUAUAUUUCUCUCAUAGGAAAGAAGGGAAGAAAAGAAAUAGAACAAGUGGCAACAGGAGAUUGGAGCAAGUAGAAUAGUUAACAAUUAUUUUAUUGCAAGGCCAAUUUGGAGAAAAGAGCAAACGUGGCAGAGACUUGGCGGCAAAGUGGUUGGCAACAGAGGAAAAAGGACAAAAGGCAGCUGCUGGACCAGGAAAAAGUAUGGAUUGCAAAACAGAAGGAAUGUAGGGAGAGUGCAGGCCUCUCGGAAGCCUGAAGUGAGUAGUGAACUUAUGUACUUGCUGUGUAAUUGCUGUUUGUUCUUGUUUUUGCUUUUGGAUUGUAAUCUCUUGAUUGAAGAGUGGGAAUCACAUGUAAUGUGCCGACUUUUGUAAUUCUUUUGAAAGUGAAUGAAUAUUUUCCAGGGAAUUAUUCUGUCCCA